AUGAACGACGAGUGCAAGACACUCGGCGACGUCGCCACGAAUAUAGCAGGCGUGGCUCUUUUACCAGCGCGUUUAAAAGUACAUCGGCUAUCCUCGCCGCCAGCACGAUUUCUGAGAUCGCAAAAGUCUUACGAACCCUCGGAAAACGCAGCCGAGAGAAUCGACAGAAUCUGCGAGAAUCAAACCAUCCCCGUGAGCGAUGACACAAAGCUCGAGGAUCACGUUCUUCGCUUUAAGCUGUUCGUCGCCUGCGAGAGGGAGUUUAAGCAUUCUAUCCCCAACUCAUUGCUUUACACCAUCGAGAGUAUCGGGGAUCUGAAGCAAUUUUAUUCGACACCGAUAGACAACACGACUCCAUACGAAGCGCUGCGUAAAAUGGAUUUGCCCAAGAAUUUGCACAUCCAACAGGAUUAUCAUCGAUUCCAUCCGGAUACCGACUCGAUGUUCAACGGCAAAACGGCGUUCCCGAAAAGCUCCACUCUCGUUACUGGUUUGAAAUAUAAGAAGAAAUAUCCUGGGCAUAUCCAGGACAAUCCAUGGUUGGACGAGCAGAUGAAGAUCUAAGGGAUCAUUAUUGAAACAAUUGCAAAAGUUGUAUUAUAUAAAAAUAAUAAACUUGUUAAAUAAUCAUCA